GAGCGCCCGGUCGGUGCCACCCGCUUGUCCCCCUCCGGCUUGGCUGAUGCCCUCCUCUGCUGACUCCGGAGCUGGGCGAGCCUGGACCUCGCUGCCCCAGCACCCAUCGUCCGCUCCUCGAGCAGACCCAGGACGAAGAGGAUGCCAGUCCCUGGGUACCUGGUGGCCAUCGCCCUCUUGUGCGCUCAGCCGGUGUUGACUUCCGAGCAGCCAGCAGGAGUGGUGCCCUUUGAGGAGGUCUGGAGCCGCAGCUACUGCCGAGCCCGGGAGACCCUGGUGGACAUCCUGAGCGAAUUCCCCCACGAGGCUGAGCACAUCUUCAAGCCUCCCUGUGUUCCUCUCUGGAGAUGUGCCGGUUGCUGUGGAGACGAGAGCCUGGAGUGCAUCGCCGUGGAGACCCGGACCAUCGACUUGCAGGUGGUCCGAGUGAGCCCCAUCCUGGGCACGACGCAGCAGGAAGAAAUGAAGUUUGUGGAGCACACCCGCUGCUCUUGCAGGCCUCGGCGGAAACGUUUGAAAGGCGAGAGGAGCCACCGGAUUGGGGCCAAGAGGAGACCCCGGGAGCCAAGCCUGACGCCUUUCACACCACUCAGCUGCAAACUCCCCGGCUCAGGGAGACCAGAGGCCCAGCACAGAGACCAAGAAGAAGCCAAGAAUUUGCCCCUGUCCGAGAGAGACGUUCCCCUCUGAAAUCCGGACGCAGGCAGGGCUGCCUAGCUCCCUGCUGCCCAUGCAAGAAUGGCGGACAGAAAAAACCCUGCAAGGCCCAGUCUGUGGGCUGCCCUCCGUGGAGGCUGGGGUCAGGGGCUGCCCUUUUCUGGACGCUGAUGGGAUCGGGAGACCCUCCAUCUGCAGAGGGGUGGGGCAGACGUCCGCUGACUAUCCAUUAAAGAGUCCUGCUCCCUGACUGGUCCCCAGAUAUGUCUUACAGACUUCCCUGAUCUGGCCCCCGCCAGCUGUUUCGAACUCAGAACUCCAAAGAGAGCACCAGGUUGGGGUGGCCGGACCGUGGCAUGCCUACGCGUUUCCCCCUUCUUCUGAUGACCCAACAAGGCAUGUUCUGUUUCUGCACUAAAAAAAGGGCCUUUUGCAAAGCAUUCCUGCCCUCC